AUGCAACUGGCCCCGUGGGAGGGCUCGCAAGCGGCCGGCCGCCGCGGCGGCGGCGCCACCAGCCCGACGCACAGGCUCAGGGUCCUCGCAGAUCAAGGCGACGCCGUUGAGGCGCAGCUGUCCGACUUCCGCCGCCGCGCCGGGGCCCAGCGCCGCGCGGCGGCGGCGGAGCUCGAGACCCUCCAAGGCUGCCUGCCGCGCUACGGCAGCGGCGCCGGUGCCGGCGCUGCAGGGCCCCUGGGGCUGCCGCCUGACUUUGGCGUGGCGGCCCCUGCAGACUACCGCGUAGGGUAUGCAACACUCACGGCCGACGCCAGCUAUCACACCUUUCGGGCGUCUGGUCCGCCCGCAGGCGCCGCGGCCGCCGCGGGCGACGACGCGGCGCUGCGGGCGCUGCAGCUGCGGCGCGCGGCGGCGGUGGCCGACUUUGACGCGGGGCGCGAGGAGGCGGCGGCGGGCUCGCCGCGGGGUCUGCAUUCGGGGCCGCAGCGGCAGCACUGGCAGCAGCAGGAGCCGCAGCAGCCGAGAAGCGGCGGCUUGGCCGAGCGGGACGCGGCACCGCAGCAGCCGCGGGCGCAACAGCUGUUGCGUGCGCCCCCAUCGGAUGACUCGCGCCCUUGGACGCCAAUCGAGGCAUCCAAGGAUGAGGCAGCUGGGUUCAAAAACCACGAGGAGCAGCAGUGGCAGCAGCAGCAACAGCAGCCGCACCAGGAGCAGCAGCACCAUGGGCAGCGACAGCAGCACCAGCAGCAGGCAGGGCACCAGCGGCCAAGCAGAGGGGAGCAGCUGAGCCUUGAAGAGAUGGUAGGGCCCGAGGUUGGCAGUGACGGCAACGUCAGCAGCGGCGGCAGCAGCAGCAGCAGCAGCAGCAGCAGGAGCGUUCGGGCCGGCAUCCGUGCGGGCGGCGCCAUGAGCGGCGACGGCGGAAGCAGUGGCAGUCGCAUGAGCAGGCACGGCGGCAUUGGCGGGCGGGGCAGUGGCAGAGGCAGCGGGGAUGAGGAGGAGGAGGAGGGGUUAACCUCAAGGAUAGCUGGGCCAGAGUCUUUUGGCGAUGCUGAGGAGUCAGUGGCCCAACAAGGCGCGGCGGAGGACAAGGAGGAGGAGGAAGAGGAGGAGAAGGAGGAAGAGGCCUCUGCCCAACUUGACGGCGUGGGCGGCAUGAUAGAGCCAAGGGGCAGAGACAGCAGUGCUCGGAUGGUGGGAGCGGGCGUGCACUUUCCGGGCAAGGAAGCCAGCAAUGCCGCAGCCGCAGGCAGCGCCGAGGCGCACGCGGCAGUGGCGGCACAAUUCACCCCUCGCGCCGGCGGCGAGGGCGGCCGUGGGGGCGCGCCGCCGGCCACGCAUAUGGGCGGCCUGCAGUCGCCUGGCAGCAGUUUCGGGGGCUCUGCAGCAGGCGCGGCCGCCCGCGGCGGCAGCGGCGGCGCGGGCACGGGCGGCGGCUUCCCUGCGGCGGCCGCCGAUGCCGGCGGCGGCGCGGGCGGCAGCGAGGGCGGCGGGUCCUGCAGCGGCGGCGGCAGCGACGCGGGCGACAGCGGGGACGAGAUGGAGGCGUUUGCGGCUGCGAUGCGCGGGCUGGCCCCACAGCGCGGCGGCGGCGACGCUAGCAGCGACGGCGAAGGAAGCGUGUUUUGA